UAGCGUGCCAUUGACGAAUUUGUACUGGAUCGGAUGAUCGGAGGUGGGAGGGGGCAUGCAGGCUAUAAAACAGUUGAUAUCCGAUCAUGCAACUUAUUGAGGAUAUAAAUAGCAGUUGCACAUUGAUCGGGAUACGGCACAACCGCUGAUGAUGACAACAGAAGUACAUUCGGAUGACGGACACAAUGUAUCCCGCUGUUUCCGAUUUCUUGCUGUCGAUGCCUCCACUGACUUAAAUGGUGGCACUUUCAGAUCGGACCUUUCGUGAAUUACACUGCAUACAACAGUCCAAGAAGACCCAAACUGAAUCCUCCAGUCUGAUGAUAUGAGAAGCCCUAGAAGGUCUGCAUGAUGAUGGAGAUGCUCCAGUACAUAAGCUGGCUGUGCCUGGUGGGUCUUUUCCUGGCCUCCCUACUCAUCGUGUUGGCCUGGCUGGUCCAGUACUCCCUGGCCGUACUACGCCCCAGGAGCCCCAAGUCACUCACCCAGGGCCAGGGAGCCACAGCCAGGCUACUCCCUCCUAUCACCCUCUCCCACAGGAUUCAGGAUGGGGGUGUGUGGGGCACCCUGUUCAAGCUCCGGCUUGGACGGGAUGGAGGAGGAGCAGCAUCCGAGGCCGGGGUGAAGGGUCUGCUCACUUCGCUGUUCUCCUUCAAGUCUUUCCGGGAACAUUGGCAGAGGGCUUGGGUCAAAGUGCUCAAUGAACAAGCCUGCAGACAUGGGAGCUCCAUCCAGAUCACCUUUGACAACAGUCUCCAGCUCCCUGCCUCUGCUAUUGUAGAUAGUGUGACCUGCACAGACCAAUCAGCUAGCACUAUGGUCUUACGGUGUAAGUGUGCGGUUGACACGGUAACGUUCCCAGUGACUGUCACCCAGCAGUCACCUGCAGCUGUUUCCAUGGAUACCUACCAGAUCACCAUAAAGCCGAUGCUGGCCCAGUUGGUGGUGCGUCUUGAGGAAGUAGAAGAAGAGGGUCUGCUGGUGUCCUGGACUUUCUCCCAGCAGCCGAUCUCCCUCACCGUGGCCCCACGCAGGAUCCAGAGAGAGGAGAUUGAUGCGGAGAUAGACCUGGACAUGAUUCGGGAGCUGGUGAAGGAUACUCUGUUCAGCACACAGCCAGCCAUGAUCCUCAACCUCAGGGCCUGUGUGUCCAGCACUACGUUCCCCAGGGGAACAGGUCUAACCCCGACAGGUCUGACCCCCCCGUCCCAGAGUUUACGAAGGCUCCUGCUUCGCCAGCUCAGAGGAACCUGCCUCAGAGCAGCCAAGUCAUGCAGUUCAGGGGAGCUGUGCUGUACCAUGAGCCUGGACCAGCCAUUAACAGAAAGGAGGACCCGCUUCCUGCCUGCAACCCCCAGCCCUGACAACUUACUCGACUGGAGUGAGGACAUCUCACUGGAUCUGGCUCCAGAAACCAAAGAGCUGAGAGUCAGAAUGCUGGAGAAGACCACCAAAGGGGAACAAUUCUUGUCUGGCUUUGCCUGCCUACCCUUGGACCUCACCCGCAGAGCUCCUACUGGUCAGCAUGUGCUGUCAGUCAGCCCAGGGCACGGCCUGGCACCCAAUGCUACGGUCACCUUUGAGCUGGUGUACCUGGAGGUAGUGGACCCCCUUGGAGCUCACAACGCCACGCCCCUCCGCACCUCCAUCACCCCGACCAAGAAGGUGGAUGUGGACCGAACCAUCAUGCCAGACGGCACCAUCGUCACCACCGUUACCACCAUACAGUCACGACCCAGACUGGGCAAACUAGGUACAGUAGGUCUGGGCGACUCUCCCUCGCGGUCCCCGUCCAAAGUGGAGGUGACAGAGAAAGGGACCAUGUUCCUCACCGAUGGCUGCCAUAGCAGGACCAGCUCCAGCCCUACUCUCAGCAAAGAGAGAGGAGCGAAACCAAAAGCAAAUCAGCAUUCUAACUCCCCCUUGCGAUGGUGUGGCGCAAUGACGCAGUCUACCACGAUCUGCCACAGUCUACCACAAAUGUGCCACGCUGACAGUCCCCUUUCCAAUGGGCUGGACCCGGUGGCUGACACGGCCAUAAGACAGCUGACAGAGAACGCCAGCAAGGUGUCCAAGAAGACUCCCACUAAACGGAGCACCCUCAUCAUCUCUGGCGUGUCAAAGGUCCCAAUCUCGGAGGACGACUAUGGCCUGUCUUGUGGCUACGCUGCAGCCAUGGAUGCUGCCCUGCAGGGAGGGGGAGCCUCCAACCACUAUGGGGCGGGGCAACAUCAGGAAGCAGACGAGACCACGCCCUCGGAUGUGUCUGAGCGGCCGUCUGUCGAUGACGUGGAGUCAGAAACGGGCUCCACUGGGGCCAUGGAGACACGCAGCCUCAAAGACCAUAAAGUGGGCUUCCUCCGCAGCGGAACCAAGCUACUAUUCCGUACAAGACACCGAAAAAAGGACCCAACCUUCAGCCAAUCCCACGAGGACCUCUCCAACCUGACCAGUGUCUCUCCCUCCUCUGCCUCUGGCCCCAUCGUGCGUAAGAAGUCCGGCAGCUUCUCCCGACGACUCAUCAAACGCUUCUCCUUCAAGUCGAAGUCGAAGGACAAAGCCAGUGCCACCAAUGGAGGGGCGAGCACAGCAGACAACUGACAGACGACUGAAUGGUGUAGCGUAUGGCUAAGCGCAUUGCUACUGCCUUGCUGAGACCUAGAAGUAGGCUACUGUUGCCCUGGACCCAGAAAUCGCCCUGGCUUUUCUGGGUCAAUGGUAUUGGGUUGGGUAGGAUCGUAGGACUGCUUGAAAUGGUUGGAGGAUGGUUAGUAUUGGUCAUCAUGCCCCACACUUUCUUCCUCUGUGUUCACCAUCAGAUGAGGAACCCAAAUUUGACACUUUCAUCCAGUUUUUGCAGGCAGUACACGUACACCCCAGGUUGGUGGUCACCUUUCCUGGAUUCCUCUGAGAGGACUCCUUUUCCUCUGGAUGAGAAACACACACGCCAGGGACGGAUGGAUGGAUCCAGGGACUGUUUGCUUAUUAUUAAAGCCAUUUAUUUUCAGAAGUAGCCCCUGCUGCUCUGGUGGAUUUAAAGGGAGAUAAUGAAAGUAGGAAUAAACUUGAAGUUGUUGGAAUUCAACGCUAAAGGGGCAGUAGGUAGUGUGAGUGUGGCCUCCUCCAAAUCAAUUUAUUUAAAAAUAUGAUUUUUUUGGUUGCACUUUAUCUGAUUGUUUACAGCACUUGAAAGCUUAUUCUGGUGUUAAUUGUAUUGGUAUUUGUAUUGUUUGCUCUCUGAUUCACAUGAUUAUCCUUCUGUCUCCCCAAAAAAUAUUAGUCAUUGUUAGUAGUUUGCAUUAUGUAGGCCUAGUAGAGACAUUACUUUGUUAGCUUUCUUUCCUGCUUAGUUGUAAAGGUAAUCUUAAAUAACAAACUUAGUUGAAGAACAAAUAUCAACCCCUCGCCUUGGUCUUAAAUUGGUGGUAAUGUUGACUUUCAUAGUGGCUUAUGCAUUAUGUUUUAACAAUGUUGUUCAUAAUUGUAAGUUGUACAAAAACCAAAUGCAGGCAUACUUAUGUCUGUGUUUUUAUUUUGUUUUUCAGAAAGGGAAAUCUUAAAAGGCAAACUGUUAUAAAAAAGGCAAACUAUUUUAAAUGAUCAGCUCAGACCCUUUUUAAUUUGUAUCUACUAGGCAAGUUGAAAUACCUCACUUGCCUGAGUACUACACAUCCUCUGGGUCAGAAUUAUUGAUGGAGGAUAUGCCAUACAUAUAUUUAAUAGUUUAAUGGUAGCUGAUGUACAGAUUGAGUCCUCUUAAUAUUAAUAUCAAGGAAUUAUUAUGGUUGAGGUAAUACAAAAUCCGAAUUUCACAUAAGAUGGUCAGAUGGUUAUUAUGACUUUCCCCCCUGUAAUGCAAGAUUGUUGCUCCUUAAUUCAAGUUGAGCUUUUAAGAUGUCACAGUCCUCCAGAACAUGCGUUGUCACGCACAGAACAUAGGGUAAUCAAAGUGUAAAGAUGUACAUAAAAGUCAUUAUCUUGUACAGUA